AUGGAUUUGGUCUCGCUAUCUCAGCCAACACUGUCGCAUUCAAGCACAUCUGCCUCCACUCAGCGUCCAUCGCUGAAUCCUUUCCGUAACAACACUAGUAAUGGGGCAGCGACAAAUGCCCAAAUGGAAAUGACCCCUCGCAUCUUAGAGGAGCAACCCGCAUCACGGGAAUCUUACAAUCGUUUUGGACUGGGAAUGUUCGGGGAUCGCGCCGAGCGUCGAGAGCGUCUUACGGGUAGGAGACAUGCGUCAUCUAGUACGGAUCCCGAGCCUUCGCAAUAUAGACCGAAUGGACGCUACGUUCCGAUCGACCUGCAACCUAUAUCAACACAAAACCGCUGGGGUGAUCAGGGGCCGUCGGAUUCUGCGUCUCCACAAGAAUCAACAAGGUCACCACAAUAUGAACGCCAUGACGGAGUAUGGGUUAGGGGAUCGCGGGGGAGAAAUGGCCAGGCUAGAUCGUGCGCCGCCUUAUUAAAGGAAAAAAAGGCCAGGAGGAAACUCUUUACCUUGAUCACCUCUACGCUUUUUCUCAUUCUUGUCCUCUCCGUCUACAUUGCAUUCACUUUUUCACAUGCCAAGCUGGGCCAGGAGCUCCACAUUCUCUUAAUUUUCAUGAUUUUGAUUCUUGCCAUAGUCUUUUGUCACUCCCUUAUCCGUUUCUUUAUGGUUACUAUGCGGAGGCGCAAUGCCGCCCUCAGAAAUCGUGUUCCCAGUAGGGCAGGACCAGCUGGUUAUGCCCAACCAACUAGUCCAAUACAUGUUGUUCUUGCAGGUGAUGAAGAGGCCUCGGCAGAAAGCCAUGGCAUCAUUCGUGAGAAGGUCACGGCUCCGCCUCCAGCAUAUGGUCUCUGGAGAAGCAGCGUGAGAAUGAACCCUGACUUGCUCUACUGGCAGCGUGUAGAUGGCAUGAGUUCUCACAAGAGCAACCCCUUCCAGAGAAGUUUAAGCAGGAAGACUACUUUACCACGACCUCCCAGCUACACUUCUGAUGAUGGGAUUGACUACGUGGUUGAUGCACAACCACGGUCCUUUGCCCCAAAUCGCACGUCUCAACAUGAAUAA